AUAUUUAUCCGAUAAAUGUUAUUAAGAGAUUAAUAAAAAAUAUGCUAUCACAUUUAGGUGUCUGUAACAAGACCGAAAAGUUCACGUAAUUGUCAAAAUAAUGAAGGUUUUACUAAUUUGUUUAAUUUUAAUAGCAAUAAAUGCUAAUGUUAAUGCCGAAUAUAAAAGUUAUUUAAAUUAUAAGUUGUAUAAAGUGAAUCCUAAAAACCAAGAUGAUGUCAAUACUUUAAAAGAAAUUCAAAAUAAUGGUAUAGGGGAAUUUUGGAAUGAAUAUUUUCGGCCUGAAGACGACGUAAGAAUAAUGGUAGAACCAAGUUGGGAAAACAUAUUUCUAGAACGAUUAAAAGAAGCAAAACUUGAGGUUAAACUUAUAUUCAAUAAUUUGCAAGAAAUAAUCUAUAAACAAAAAGCACCACGUCAAGCAGGAACUGUUAGAAGUGCAAACAGUUUUUUCUCACUUGAUUGGGAUGAUUAUUAUGACUUAGAGCAAAUCAACCAUUGGCUAGAUGAAUUAGCGGAAGCUUAUCCUAACAUCGUCACAACAGUAGUCAUGGGAAAGUCUGUAGAGGAUAGAGAUAUCAAAGGUAUUAAAAUAGAUUAUCAUCCAGAGAGGACAGAUAAAAAAAUUGGUUUCCUUGAAGGUACAUUACAUGCUAGAGAAUGGAUUUCUACAGCUACUAUCACUUGGAUUGUAAAAGAGUUUUUGACGAGUAGUGAUCCAGAUGUUAGGGCUUUCGCUGAGAAUUUAGAAUGGCACAUAUUCCCUAUCGUAAAUCCCGAUGGAUACGUUUACACAUUCACUGGUAACAGAAUGUGGAGAAAAAAUAGAAGUAAAACCAACUUUACUUCUUGCGGUGCUAAUGUAAACGAUGACAUGAGUAAUGGUGUUGAUCUAAAUAGGAACUUCGAUUUUGUUUGGAUGACUGUUGGUGCAUCAAAUGACCCAUGCAGCAACCUUUUUGCUGGUCCUUCACCAGCAUCUGAGCCCGAAACUCAGGCUAUAUCUCAGUAUGUGUUGGAAUUGAGUGAUCGCGGAGAAAUCAUUUACUACAUAGCAUUCCACUCUUAUACGCAGAUGUUCGUCAUACCCUUCAGCCACGUCGCUAGCAAUCAGAUGUUGGCUGCCGACAAUUAUGCAAACAUGUUCGAGAUAGCAGUAAGGAGUGCUGAAAAAUUGUCACAACGCUUUGGCACUUCUUACAGUGUCGGUAUAGCAGCAAAUGUUUUGUAUCCAAUGAGUGGUACCAGUUUCGAUUGGGUCAAGAACUACACUAACACCAGAAUAUCUUACUUAAUUGAACUCAGGGACAUGGGAGAAUUUGGUUUCCUUCUUCCAGCUUCACAGAUUAUACCCAACAACUUAGAAGUGAUGGACGGCCUAAUAGAAAUGGACAAAACUACGAAAUUGCUGGGCUAUUACACUACAGCAGAUGCAUCAAAGAUAUUUUACUCACUUAGUGUAGUAAUAUUUGGAUUAAUGGCUAUAUUAGUUGUUUAAGAGAUAGAUAAAAUAUUUAUGAUAUUUUUAUUAAACUCUGCCUAUAUGUGAACUUCAAAGAAUUAUCAGAACAAAACCUUGGAUAGAUGAAGCUAAGACCUAUGAAGCAAUCAAUGUCUCAAAAAUUCUGUUUAUUUUAAUAAAAAAUAAUAACUCAUUAAAUAAAAAAAUAGUGCAAUUCAUUCGUUUUAUUUGGGAACCGACAAUUACUUUGAAUUUAUU